GGUAGGCACGGCUGGCUCACCCACAUCCGUUUAUAAUCACUAGGAUGAAUUACUGGGCAAACACUUCUAACUGCUCGUUUAACAGCACCUUGGACGAAAACGGGACGCACUGGAGAGCAGAAUACCCUGUCACCCUUUUCCCAAUACCCAUCCUGACCGGGAUAACCAUCACCUGCGCCUUGCUGUUUCUUAUAGGGGUUACCGGGAAUGUGAUGACAAUUCUGGUUGUCACCAUGUAUAAGGACAUGAGAACAACGACUAACCUUUAUUUGUCCAGCAUGGCCCUGUCGGACCUCCUGAUCUUCAUCUGCAUGCCGCUGGAUCUUUACCGGAUCUGGCGGUACCGACCAUGGAAUUUCGGAGACUUACUUUGUAAACUGUUCCAGUUCAUAAGCGAGAGUUGCACGUAUUCCACCAUCCUCAACAUCACAGCUCUGAGCGUGGAGCGCUACUUCGCCAUAUGUUUUCCUCUCAGGGCUAAAGUACUGGUGACAAAAGGUCGGGUCCGGGGGAUCAUCCUGCUUCUCUGGAUUGUCGCCUUUUGCAGCGCAGGACCCAUAUUCGUCCUAGUCGGCGUGGAGCACGAGAACGGGACAAAUUCCUGGGAGACGAAUGAGUGCAAGGCGACGGAGUACGCCGUCGGAUCGGGACUCCUGACCACCAUGGUGUGGGUCUCCAGUAUUUUUUUCUUCUUGCCGGUGUUUUGCCUGACUGUUCUCUACAGCCUUAUUGGGAGGAAACUAUGGAGGAGAAGAAGGACAGAAAAGAUAGGACCGAACAUUUCUAGUAGAGACAAGAACAAUAAACAAACCGUUAAAAUGCUGGCCGUGGUGGUGUUCGCCUUUGUGCUCUGCUGGCUGCCCUUUCACGUCGGCCGCUACCUGAUCUCCAAGUCGUCGGAGGCCGGCUCGCCGCUCAUCUCUCUGAUCAGCCAGUACUGCAACCUCGUCUCCUUCGUGCUCUUUUACCUCAGCGCUGCCAUCAACCCCAUCCUCUACAACAUCAUGUCCAAGAAGUACAGGUCUGCCGCCUGCAAACUCUUCAGGGGGAAACACGGACCGCGCAGGACGGCAUCCACCAUUAAGGGUGAGAGCUCCCCCUGCUGGACAGAGUCCGGCGUGAGCAUGUGA